AUGUCUCGCGCUAUCCCCCAAAGGGAACUGCCGCCAGUCGCCGCCCUCGGGAGCCCUCGUCAACUAUAUAGUCUAGACGGUGCGUCGCUCGACCACCUCUCUCUCCUUUCCCACGGCCGUACGUUCUCCUCAGCUCGCGAGCGCGGACGCCACUGCUCCGGUCCCCUGCAUUUCGGAAAUGACCGUUCCCACAAGGAGUACUUCGCCCCCUUCGCUCCCCACUCGUGUCACUGCGAAGUCGCAGGCAUCCACCGACUGAUUCGACAUCCGCCGCGCAUGCGACGUGGCUCGCGAGGUGUCCUCGCCUGCCUGGGAUUGGGCAGCAGAUCAUGUGAUUCUCGGGCACCUUGCGACCGGGACAGUCCCGCCUUCCCCCUCACUAUCAGUCUCGUCUUCAACAACACUUCCCUGACUGAAAAUAAGUCUGAUUGA